AUGUCUGCUUCGCACUCACAUGCGCAAGCUCGACAAGCUCUUUCACGAGAGCCGAGUGUGACGCGCGGUCGCAUAUCAUCACGCACCAGGGCCCCCGGCAUCGCCCUCCCUAGCAGCACCAGCGCCAACUCGAGCCCGGACGGGGCCCUCGACCGCAAGCCCUCGCACUCGUAUGCCCACAACCGCAACACCUCGAUCGUGCAUGGCGUCCAGCACUCGCGCAACACGAGCUUCGUGAAUUCGCCCGCCACCAGCCCCCUCAGCCCCCACGCGCAGCUCCUCGCAGGCCUCGAUGGAGCCGUCAUGUCGCAGGACACCAUCACGGCGGCCUUCUCCGCGCACGGCGUGACAGCCGGCGCGGGUGCUGCAAAUGUCUUCACCGCUGCUGGCCUGCCCUCCGCCCCGGGCGACAGCAGCAGCACCACCAGCAGUGCGCAACGCAAGCCAGAACGAGCCCCCAGCAGAUCGUCUCGCAAGGGGCACGUCCACCACCGCUCCCAGUCGCGCCAUCACCAGCACAACCACGAACUCAAGACCGUCGGCGAAUAUGCCCUGCACCACCUUUUCAACUCCUUCAUCAGCCAGGCCGACCAGAAGAUCAUACAGUGCAUGACAGACCGCACCCGGCCCGAGGCCGAAGUCGAGUUGAUCUGUGGUCCUGGCGUGGACCCCAACUUCGAUCAGCUCAUAGCCGCGCUGGGCCACAUCGCGCGGCACAAGCCAAAACCCCUCAUCGACACCAUCAUGCUCUGGCGCAAAGCGAAGAGCGAAGAGGCUGCAAAGCUACGAACGCAGCUGCAAAGCGCCCGGCAAGCAAGUGCACCAUCCCAUCCCCAUCUACCUCGACGAAACACAGAGUCGAGCCAACAUCUGCCCGAGAACACGUCAACCACCUCGAUCGCGGCAGGCGCCGAGCAACUGAUCGCCCUACAGGAUACCGUGACCCUCGCAGAGCAACGUUCGACUGUGUCCACUUAUAUCCUCUGUCGAGUGCUCAUCGAGAUCAUGAGCCAAACUGAUAUCCAGAAUCUGACUUUUGACAUGGCCGAUCGUCUGCUGGGCCUCUUCUAUGGACAGCUCAACACGGUGGACCCUGAUCUGGUUGAGAUCUCCAACCUCAGCAAAGCUAACUACGCCAUAUUCAGCCAACUACUUGGUGUCCUUAGUGGACUCAUAUUCGAUCCCGUACAGGAAAAGUUCAUCGUCGACCUUAGAACCAUAGAUACCCAAUUGUCCGUCAAGGGCCAGUACACACGCGACAUCGAAAACAAAGGCGCACAGCUCAUACGUGCUCUUCGCUACUUGAAAGUCAAGACUUAUCCAGAGGAAUCGUGGGACCGUACUUGCAAUUUCAUGAUGUCUCUUGCGAAACUGUUUGUUAGCGCUCAUGGCCACCCAAUGAAGUACGCCUUUUGCCAGGUGCUGAGGGAGCUCUUGCUCCGGAUUGCAUCAAAAGCCUCUAUCGAGACAAGCUCGCCCAAGUGGAAGCCAGUAGUCGACAUGAUGAGGCAGAGGGCUGCUGUGCUGCUCGGCAAACCUAAGCACUGGCACGAGGCCUUUCCUUUGAUGUCCGCACUUUUGUGUGUCUCACCGACAGAGACGUUCACGGCGCAAUGGUCUGCUCUAGCAUUGUCAACACAGCCACGACUCAAAGAGCGUUUAACUCGACCCAUUGCCCUGCGAGGCAUAUGCCAGUUGGUGUGGACUUACCUGUACAGGAAAGGUCCCGAUCCACCAGCCACCGCCGUUCGCAAGCUGGACGACAUCAUUCGAAUGAUAUUCCAACCUGGCCGGCGAUCAUAUCUAUCUACUGAACCUGCCAUCGCCGAGCCCCUCAUUCAGCUAUCUAGGAUCAUUGGGUACAAGUACCAAGACCUUUGCUUUAAGACGAUCAUCUUUCCCUUACUCAAUGCUGAAAUGUUCGCUUCUGGUCGAGAACUGCGUGUCGAGAACUUGGAGCCUGACCGAAUGGUACUAGGCAUUCGCUCGUUCCUCGCAAUAAUGGCAGAUCUGGAGAACCUGGAACAACCACCAUUUCCGAUCUCGUUCGACUAUGACCCUAACGCAAUUCUUUCAGAACCCUUGGCCCUUCCAGUCAGCCCGCGAUCGCUACAGCAUCUUCCUAUCAAAUCUUCGCUAUUGAAGGAAGAGCGGCUGUCACGACCGGUCAACUUCAGUGGCUUCGCUGAAGUGGCAAAGGAAUCGUAUGUACGCUUUUGCAAAAUACUGGGAGAGAUUACAAUCAUCUGCGACAACACUUUUGGUGGUCAGGCAGUCCUGGAUGAAAAAUUCUCAUUACAAACGCCCAAAACCCCAAUGGCAGAGGCCUUCAGCUUUGGCCGUCGUGAAGAUCACCAGGGUUCUGGAGACCUAAGACAAGGCUUCUACGACUUAUUGCAUGUUGCAGUACAAGCCUUACCUCGAUGCUUGUCGCCACACAUUCCCUUCAACUCGCUUGUCAACCUGUUGUGUACUGGUACCGCCCACGUGCAGAGCAACAUCGCAAUCUCUUCUGCACAAUCGUUAAAGUCGAUUGCCCGACAGUCACACGCACAACAAGUCACGAUAGGUUUUGCUCGUUUCAUCUUCAAUUUUGAUGACCGCUACGCGACUAUGUCAGACGGCGGUAUGCUCGGUGCUGGACACAUCGAGAGUACGCUGAAGCUUUAUGUGGAGCUACUGCAAAUCUGGAUUGAGGAAAUCAAACAGAAGGCCCGAAAAGCAGCUCUUGACACGCCUGAAGAAGGCACGGGUAAUCGAGCUGUACUCCUUGAUCUCUCAUCCGUGUGGACACAUGUUGAGGAAGUCGAAUCACACGGCCUCUUCUUUCUGUGUUCGCCCUCACGCCGUGUGCGAUCUUACGCAGUCACUGUCCUGCGCCUCAUUACUGAGUUCGACACGGCGCUAGGCGCUACCAACACUCGCAUAAUACGGGUUUUCGAGGGUAGUCCACAGAAGGUUAUGGACAUCAGUGACGAGAAACUGUCACUAGCCGAGCGAAGUCGCCUGCAGCGUGGCAUGCGCAAAAGCAACGUGCAGAGUACCCUGGUGGAACUAUGCAGCAGCGACGUUCCCUACGACUCUACGCUUUGGUUCAAGAUCUUCCCGAACCUCGUGCGCAUCAGCUUUGAAGUAUGCCCAUUCGCUGUUACCUUGACCCGCGACAUUGUUUGUGCGAGACUCACGCAGAUGCAUCGAACCUUGCUUGCACUUGGCGAUGGACCACGCGCUACUCCCUAUUCACCCUUCGAGCCUGGCGGUGCAAGCAGAAUCACUAACCGCUUAGCUUCAACUGCACCCGAAAUCAUCAUUGAACAAUGGAAGCUGUAUUUGAUCUUCGCCUUCACCACUUUGACAAACCCGGGCCAAGGCGCUCUGGCUCUGGCUUCGAACCAAAUGUCCCAGCACUCGCGGAAGAGUUCCAGAUCAUCGCAGAAAAGUACCAAUAAGCUACACACAGCCAGCGAGCUUUUCGCCAAGGUUCUUCCAGCAUUGUCAGUGGACAAUAGCGCUGUCCGAGAGGCGGCUGUUAUUGGUCUGGGCUCCAUCAAUAUCAAUUUGUAUCGAACGCUCUUGGAGUCUUUACAAGGAAUUGUCGCCGCAUGCGCUGAAGAGGCUAAAACUAGGUUGGGAGCGCAUACCAGGACACUGAGCAGCCCACGAAGGAACCAACGCACUGAUCAUCUUCGGACUGAGAUCACACAUGUGUACAAACUGACCUCUCAGUUUUUACGGCUCCCGGAGGCCUACAAUGACGAAUGGAUUGUCAAUAAUCUCGUCAAUUACACGAAAGAUCUGAGAAUUUUCCUCAGUGAUGCUGAGGUGCAAAAUGAGUGGGGCUUCCAGAAGCUUCGCACACAUUAUUGUGGCCUUGUGGAAGUACUGUUCGAAGGCAUCAAUCGGACAAACGACCCUCUGCAGUGGAUGUCAUUCCAAGCUCGCAAGGCGGCCUUUACGCUGAUGGAGGAAUGGUGUGGUUACUCAGCAGAUCAACCUACCGUUCGUCAGCGGGAGGAGAACAUGCGCAGAUCGAUGUUGGAUCGCGCAGUUGAUAUGGGCAACAAGGGUAUCGCAACGGCAGCCAUGGAGAUUGAGAAACGCGAUCUUCGAACAGCAGCACUCAGUGCCAUGGCUGCACUGUGUGGCGGUCCAGUCAGCAUCACGACUGACAGCAAAGUCUUGAUGCAAUUCGAUGUCCGUCGAAUGCUCUCAUGGAUUGACAGCAUCUUUGAAACUCCAAGUGAUCGCACGCAUGCAAUCGGUCGCAGAGCGCUGUCGAACCUCAUCAUUCACAACCGCGAACAUCCCUACCUUUUGGAUCGGGCUAUAGAGAUGUGCUACCUCUCCAAAUCCUCGAAAGCCUUGGCCAGCUACUUCGAGGUUGUUACGCAAGUACUCACGCACCGUGAAGACUACACAUUGCCAUUCUGGAAGGUUCUCAGUGCGGGUCUCUACACACUUGGACACGAGAACAGCGAGCUGCGCGUCAAAUCUUCUCGUUUGCUAAGAACACUGGAAGGCCGAGAGCAGAAAAACUCAAAGCUGCAGGAUCUUGACAUCAGUAUAUCUGACAAAACCAUCGCUGUAUACAAACUGGCCCAGUUCGAGACCUCUCGUCGGCUUGCAAAGCAGCAUUCAGAGCUUGCCUUCUUAGUAUUCUCGCAGUUCUCGUACUACUUCAAGGAGCUACAGCCAGACCAUCAGCGAAACAUGGUUGCUGCGAUGCUGCCCUGGAUCCAGACCAUCGAACUUCAAGUACAACCAGGCGGUGGUCCCACAGCCAACUCCUACAUGCUCCUCGUCAAUCUUUUCGAGAUCACUGUCCGCUCAGGUAAUGCACUUCACAAUGAGAUUCAAGCUCUUUGGCAAGCCCUGGCGACCGGUCCGUACGGAGGCAACGUACAACUAAUUCUCGACUUUAUUAUCAAUCUCUGCUUGGACAAGCGGGAGCAAAACUAUGUCGAUUUUUCGAAACAAAUCGUGGUUCAUCUGUCAAGUACCCCUGCUGGGCAGAAGGUCGUCGAGUUCUUGCUCCUUCAAAUCAACCCACGCUCUCUAGUGAGCGAGAAACGAGAGCCCAUACCGCCACCAGCAGAUGCCGUCAAUCUGCCUUAUCUCGCCGACCUUAGCGCUCUACUCCCGAGCAGCAACAAACAAUCUGGCUUUGCUUUGGGCCAAGUUUGUCUGAUUCUACUCGUUGAUCUUAUGGUAUCUCCCAUUGAACUCGCUAGCGAACACGUUCCGUUGCUGCUACAGGUCGUCCUUGUGCUCUGGGAUCACUACACGCCCGUUGUCCAAGAUCAGGCCCGAGAAAUGCUGGUGCACCUCAUACAUGAAUUAGUUAUUUCAAAGAUUGAGGACGACACACUAGGCAUCGAUAAGCGAGCUAUCGAAGACUUUGUGGAAAGCAUUCGCCAACACGACAUCAAGGUUGUGUGGAACUAUGAUGAUAAAAACAGCAAAGACACGGAAGACUCCAGCUCCAAAGUACCAGACUCCAUGGAACACGUGUCAGGCGAAGUGCUGAAGUUUUUCACUCUUGCGUAUCCAGGACUCAGGGAGGCAUGGGGAAGGGUGGCAUUGAAUUGGGCUACCUCGUGUCCAGUCCGUCACCUGGCGUGCAGAUCUUUCCAAUUAUUUCGGUGCAUUCUCAGCUCUUUAGAUCAACAGAUGCUCUCCGAUAUGUUGGCCAGGCUCUCCAACACCAUCUCAGAUGAAGAGAGCGACAUUCAAACCUUUUCCAUGGAAAUAUUAACAACACUACGCGCCAUCAUUGAAGCUCUGGCCCCAGAAGACCUGAUUCAGUAUCCUCAGCUAUUCUGGACGACUUGCGCUUGUCUGGACACAAUUCACGAAGGCGAGUUCCUGGAGAGUCUGCUCAUGCUUGACAAGUUUCUCGACAAGCUCGACCUUGGUGACCUUACAGUGCUGCAAAUACUCGAAGACAGCUGCCCUGAGAAGUGGGAGGGCAACUUCGAGGGUCUUGCCCAACUCACCUUCAAGGGCAUUCGAUCAAGUAUUUGUCUUGACCGAUCGUUGCGAAUCCUCAACAGGCUCGUCGUGCUGCCUUCGAGUCGUAUUGUUGGCGACGACACGCGACUUGUGUACACAAUACUUGCCAACUUGCCCAGAUUUAUCCGAUCUUUCGAAACAAUCAAGAGAGAUCCUGGUGUCAAAGCUACUGCUGAGGUCUUGGCUUGUGUGGCUGAAGAGCAAUAUCAGUGCACUCCCCUUGCUGACGCGCUCACUUCGUUCGCGUUGAAACGAUAUCGUCAGGAAACAGACUUCCUGUCACAAACCUUAUCGGCACUUCGGGCAGCUUACUUUCCCGAUCUUGAGUUAGGUAGUCUGAUCUUCCUGCUAAGCCUCCUCACCAACAAGAUCGAUUGGAUGAAAAUUAACACCAUGGAGGUACUGUGCAUCUUGAUACCAGAGAUCGAGAUGCGCAAACCAGAGAUAGCUUCCAAGGGGCCCGACCUCGUCUCUCCUCUCCUGCGAUUGCUCCAGACUGAGUUUUGUCCACAAGCUUUACGAGUGCUUGACUUUGUCAUCAAUCUGAGCAUGACGAACGCCCCAACGCCAUUCGAAAAGCAGCAUAUACGUAUGAGCAUGGCUGGAUCACACUCGACCAGAGGCUACAAGAAGCAGUUUGAAAAAACCCAGUCGUUAUAUGGCAUUCCAGAGGAGAGUGGGUGGUCGAUACCAAUGCCUGCUCAUCACUCGCACCUGACGAGAGCGAACGUACAUGCUGUUUUCUACACUUGCGGUAACCUCCAAGGGGCCGACGUACCCGAAGCAGCCACGCCAAAGAUCGAGUUCCGUGCAGACGAGUUCCCCUUCAGCCCGUUGUCAGAUUAUCGUACAGCAACGAUGACUUCCGAAGACACACGUGGCGAGGGCCACAUUGGUGAUUUGGUCAUGAAGUUGGACAGUCUGGAUGACUUUUUCGACGACGACGACGAUGACGAUGAUGACAACGAGACACUCACCGACUUACCCAACUUCACAUCAAGUCACUACCAACCUCAUAGCUCUUACAACAAUAACACGCUGAACACACGGGAAAAUCUCUACGACCAGCAAACAGCACCAAUUCUGCUCAAAUCACUGACACGCAACGCGAGCGUGACCUCUUUCCAGUCAGGCUUCAGCUCCGAUCACGUAAAGCUUUCACCCGCACGGGAUCCCGGCGUGAUGACACCGGGUGCUUUUAGCUCAUUCACAUCCACCCCCACCGCCCCUGGGCCAACAAGCGCACCCCGUCCAGGACUCCACGCCCGAUCCGCAACCUCGCCUUCUGCACCGAACCAGAUGCAGCACGUCUCACCUUCGCUCUCCACCACUGCGCUCGACGAGAUUGGCGAGUCUUUCUCAGACGACGACAUACGUUUAGUCAAUGCAGACCGCACAUUCAGUCUUGAGAACAUGGCCAAGCCCGUUACGCAGGAUACAAGAAGCCGGAUACGGAACGGUAUGAGGAGACUUACUGGUGGCGGCGGUGACGCAAAGGAGAGCACAAAGACAAGAGAAGCAAUCAAGCAGGCACUGCAAAAAAGCCCACAGGUUCCAAAAGUUCCGGACAUUUAUCUUCACAAUUCGAAGAGUUCGGAUUUAUAG